UUAUCAUCCCCGCAGGAGAAACCGGGUCGAUUCGAGCGAAGGGAAAAGGAGGGCAUGGCGUCGUGGAACUCGCUCGGCUUGGAGAUCACGUACGAGGCCUUCGGAUGGAUCGCCUUCUUCUCCUGGUCCUUCAGCUUCUACCCUCAAGUUAUUCUCAAUUACAAGAGGAAAAGCGUGGUGGGCUUGAAUUUCGAUUUCCUGGUGCUCAACAUGACGAAGCACUCGUCGUAUCUCGUAUAUAACGCGGCCAUGUUCUUUAGCCCUGUGAUCAAGAGGCAGUAUCAUGAGAAGUAUGGUUUCGGAGAGAUGAUUCCUGUAGCUGCAAAUGAUGUGGCUUUUUCAGUACAUGCUGUUGCGUUGACGGCUUUUACAUUGUUCCAAGUUUUGAUCUAUGAACGUGGAAGUCAGAAGGUCUCAAAGACUUGCAUUGGUAUCACUGUUAUUGUCUUGCUUUAUGCUGUGGUCUGUGUGUUCUUAGCCUGGCCCAAUCAUUCUUGGCUUUGGCUCAUCUCUGUUUUCAACACAAUACAGGUUAUCAUGACAGCAAUCAAGUACAUCCCACAGGCAUUCAUGAACUUCCAGCGCAAGAGUACAGUGGGUUGGAGUAUCGGCAAUAUCUUGCUUGAUUUAUUGGGUGGCGUGCUGAACUUUGGUCAGAUGGGUGUGCAGUCUAUAGAUCAGGAGACACUAGUUAACUUCUAUGGAAAUUUUGGCAAGACACUGCUUUCACUGGAAGUAGUGCUCUUUGAUAUUCUCUUCAUUUUCCAGCAUUAUGUGCUCUAUCCUGUGAAGAAUGAAGGAAACCCAACCUUUAUGGAAGAAAAUAUUACUCCACUUAUCAAUUCUGAAGAGAAACCGCAGUUAGCAAAUGUGUAGGGGAUUUCCCGAACUUUGCUUGCCUUAAGAUCAUUCAGACUGCAUAUUAACGAUUGUACUGCAUUCAACGACGCAAUGUUAAACUGGGAGCAAAAAGGGAAGGCAUAAGUUUGGAGGUGAUCGAUCUGUUUUGCAUGAGCAUCAUGCAGUUGUAUGAGGCUGUAAUUCAUAAAUGGUGCUUUGAUGCAUAUUGAAACUUGACAAUUAAAGUGAUAUUCUCCUGUGAUGAUA